AUGUUCUAUCUCCUCGUUUUUCGUGCAAAAGCAGGAGUAAAACUAGUGAGGAAGAAGGGUCACGAGAAAAAAAGGUUAGAAAAAUCUAAAAAUAGUGAAGAAACCUGUGUGGCCGGGGGAGGGGGAGGAAAAAUCAUUUACACCGCCACGAAAUCUAAGGCCGUGGCGGUAUUUAUGGAACGCCGCCCUCUAUUGUGCAAGAGGUCGAUAGCCGGCAUCCUCUCGUCAUCAACCCUUCUCAUUCUCUCUUCUGUGAAUACACAGCGAAAUACAGGGAGAGAAGAAGGCCUGUCGACUGUAUUGGAAGAGGAGCGAGAGCGGCUAUUGGGAGGUGGAGUCAGAGAUAUGGGGAUCCAGGAAGUAAACGACGUCGUUGUUGGGUCGGGUACCGGCGGAAAGGUUCUUCUUGAUGAUGUCUCCGUUGUAAUUCCGGAGACUGCCCACCAGAUUAGUCAUGAUUCGUGGUUUCAAGUGGGAUUUGUUCUCACAACCGGGAUUAACAGCGCCUAUGUGCUGGGGUAUUCGGGUACUAUCAUGGUUCCGUUGGGCUGGAUAGGUGGUGUCGUGGGACUAAUUCUAGCAACUAUGAUAUCCUUGUAUGCAAACUCUCUAGUUGCCAAGCUUCACGAAUUCGGAGGAAAGAGACAUAUCAGAUACCGAGACCUUGCUGGAUUCAUAUAUGGCGACAAAGCUUAUUCUCUUACAUGGGCUCUCCAAUAUGCAAAUCUCUUUAUGAUCAAUGUUGGAUAUAUUAUCUUAGCCGGAAGUGCACUUAAGGCUUCCUAUGUCCUUUUCAGAGAUGAUGAUAUCGCGAAGCUUCCUUACUUUAUAGCCAUAGCUGGGGUGGUUUGUUGUCUAUUUGCCGUUGCUACACCCCAUUUGUCUGCAUUGGGUGUUUGGCUGGGAUUUUCAACCUUUUGUAGUCUGGUAUACAUUGUUGUGGGAUUUGUUCUGGCUCUUAAAGACGGUAUUGAAGCUCCUCCAAGAGAUUACACCAUUCACGGAACAUCAGGGAGCAAGAUUUUUACAACUAUUGGGGCAGUGGCUAAUCUUGUUUUUGCCUUCAAUACCGGAAUGCUUCCGGAAAUACAGGCAACAGUGAGGCAACCAGUUGUUAAGAACAUGAUGAAAGCUCUGUACUUCCAAUUUACAGUCGGAGUAUUGCCUAUGUAUGCCGUUACGUUUAUCGGUUACUGGGCUUAUGGAUCUAGUACAUCGGCCUACCUGCUGAACAAUGUUAAUGGCCCAGUCUGGUUGAAGACUGUUGCUAAUAUUUCAGCUUUCCUGCAGACAGUCAUUGCUUUGCAUAUAUUUGCAAGUCCAAUGUAUGAGUACCUAGACACCAAAUAUGGAAUUGAAGGAAGCGCUUUAGCUGUACGCAACCUAUCCUUCCGGCUAGUUGUGAGAGGUGGAUAUAUUGGCCUAACCACAUUUGUGUCGGCCCUUUUGCCGUUUUUGGGUGAUUUCAUGAGCCUAACGGGUGCUGUCAGCACAUUCCCCCUCACCUUUAUCCUUGCCAAUCACAUGUACCUCGUGGCCAAGAAGCACAACCUCACUCCCCUCCAGAAGAAUUGGCAUUGGCUCAAUGUUGUUUUCUUCAGUUGCCUUUCUUUUGCGGCCGUAAUUGCUGCCUUUAGGCUCAUUGUCAUGGAUUCCAGUAAUUAUCAUAUUUUUGCCGAUUUAUGA